UCCGCGUUUUGACGGCAACACUGACCGCGGGGCAGCUGCGGAGCAUGUCGACCCCGGCCCGGAGGAGGCUCAUGCGGGAUUUCAAGCGAUUGCAAGAGGACCCACCUGUCGGUGUCAGUGGCGCACCGUCUGAAAACAACAUCAUGCAGUGGAAUGCAGUUAUAUUUGGACCAGAAGGGACACCCUUUGAAGAUGGUACUUUUAAACUAGUAAUAGAAUUUUCUGAAGAAUAUCCAAAUAAACCACCAACUGUUAGGUUUUUAUCCAAAAUGUUUCAUCCGAAUGUGUAUGCUGAUGGUAGCAUAUGUUUAGAUAUCCUUCAGAAUCGAUGGAGUCCAACAUAUGAUGUAUCUUCUAUUUUAACAUCAAUUCAGUCUCUGCUGGAUGAACCAAAUCCAAACAGUCCAGCCAAUAGCCAGGCAGCACAGCUUUAUCAGGAAAACAAACGAGAAUAUGAGAAAAGAGUUUCAGCCAUUGUUGAACAAAGCUGGAAUGAUUCAUAAUAGACAACUGGUCUGUUAAUCUUUUUCAUCAUUGUUGUGUAUAAUUUACCUCUCAGUAGAAAGGCUAACAAAUUUUAAGUGCCACAGGUUUUAAGGAUUCUGCAGAAAAAAGUCCUUCAGUUUAGAACCUACAACAGCUUGUGUAUCUUGAUUAAUGUACUUUUUAUUGCAUGGUGUGAACUAAGUUAUUGCUUACAUAAAUUUGUAAUAUAUCCUGUUUGUAUUUUUUUCCAAGUGUAUAAUGUUGGUGUGAAGUUUUCAUGACAGAAUAUACACAUUUUGUAAAUCUGUACUUUUUUCAAAUAUUGAAUGCCUUAUUUUUGAAUUCUUUAGAUUUUUAAAUUGGAGAAAAGCACUUAAAGUUUUUUAUAUAUGAAUAUUACAUGUAAAGCUGUUAAAAUACAUAACUUCAGUGCAAGAGACUUUGUCACUUAUUUCCAUAUCUGUGUAGGAGGGGUUAAUAAGUCUCUAGCUCUCCAUCAAUUGAUAGCUUCAUUUUCAAUAUCAAAAGAACAGAUUUAUAUUUUAUCAAGAAAUUCUUCAAAUUUGAUUCUAAACACCAGUUAUAAUCUCAAACUUUAAUUUGAAUGUACCUCUAUCAGUUACAGUUGAGCAAUUAUAGACAUAACUGGUUUGAGUCUGUCCAACUCUGUAUUUAGGCUACUUGUUACUGUUUCUUCAUGCACUACUUACUGUUAAACUGUACCUUUUGCGAUUCACAAUUUGCACCUCUAUCAUGAGGAAUUGGCACCUCUACCUUGAGCAGAGAGCUGAUGCAACUUACUUUGCUGCUUGAUAGCACCUUAAAAGACUUUCAUUAUAAUGAAGAAAGUAAAACCAUAAACAUUUACCAAAAAUCCAUGCCCCACUAUUAACAAUGAAUAAGAAAUGAUUGCAUUGUUUUGAGCAAGGCAGAUACUUGAAAGGGGUCUUGGUGUAAUUUAAAUAUUUGAAAACUGCCUUUUAAUGCAAUUGCCUAUCUGUUUAUUCUGGAAAAAUGUUUUAAUAUUAGGGCCUGCUGAGUUGCUUUCUCUUGUGGAGAUUUUUUUUUAUCUCCUAAGUUGUAUAAAAGUUGUAUUGCAUCUUAGUUUACUGGAUAAAUUUAAAAUACAGUAUUGUAGAAAGCUAAUACAAAGCUAUCCUAUGCCUUCAAAUAGUAUAGAAAAUGGAAAAUAUACAAGUAAAUUCUGUUGAACCA